AUGGGCACCGUUCCCUUGUCCGAGAUGCAGAAUCCGUCAUGCCUCCUGUACGGCCCGUUCGACGCAAGAUUCGAAGAUAGACCCAUCCCGCAGAUCGAGGACCCAUCCGACGUGAUCAUUCGCAUCGCAUACACAGGCGUCUGCGGAAGCGACGUCCAUUUCUGGCUCCAUGGCGGAGUCAAACGCCUCGUAUCCCCCGAGCAACCGAUCGUCAUGGGCCACGAAGCAUCCGGCAUCGUCCACGCCGUUGGACCCUCGGUUUCUGCCCUCCAACCUGGAGACCACGUCGCCAUUGAACCGGGCUACCCGUGCCACCGGUGUCUCUGCUGCAAGAGCGGCCGGUACAACCUCUGCCCGCGAAUGAAGUUCGCUGCGGCCCCGCCGAGCUGCCACGGCACGUUGACCAAGUACUUCCGUCUGCCGGCGGACUACUGCUACAAGAUCCCGCCUGGGACGUUAGGGCUCGACGAGGCGGUGGUGAUGGAGCCGCUGGCGGUUGCGGUGCACUCGGUGCGACAGGUGGGUGUGCGGCCCGGGGAUCGAGUGGUCGUGUUUGGUGCGGGAACGGUAGGCUUGCUUUGUGCAGCGGUAGCGAGGGAGUUUGGGGCCGCGACGAUUUUCAUGGUUGAUCUUAACGCAGCGAAACUGGAGUUUGCGCGGUCGUUUCUCGCGAGCAAGGAAAUGGUCUUGGGGACGUGGCUGCCUUCUGCUCCCGGGUCUUCGGAGGAGUAUGCCGCCGCUUUGCUGGCUGCGUUUGAGCGAACCGAGCACUGGAGCGACGAGACCCCUGGGUUUGAUGUCGCUAUUGAGGCUACGGGCGCGGAGCCGUGCAUUCAGAUGGGGAUUGAGGUGCUUCGGGUUGGGGGUGCGUUUAUCCAGACGGGGCUUGGGAAGCGGAAUGUGAGCUUUCCUAUCUGCACGGUUGCGGAGAGGGAGAUUGUGGUGAAGGGGUGCUUUCGGUAUGGACCGGGGGAUUUUCGGAUGGGCCUGCAGUUUGCAGUUGAGGGGAGGAUUCCUGUCAAGGAGUUUAUUACGAAGGUGUUGCCUUUUGAGAGGGCGACGGAGGCCUGGGAGACGACGAGACGUGGAGAGGGCAUCAAGACGUUGAUUGAGGUGUUCCAGUGA